AUGAAAAGAAAAGCCGCGCAUAGAGCGGGGUCUUCUUCACUCAUAGAUCAAUACGUCGAGAAAGAUAUGUCCUCAACGAAGAGGAUGAUGUUUCUUUUUCAGCUUCUUCCUCUCUUCAUCUCGUCUUCCUCUGUACCGUGUGGAGCAAGCAAUGGAACCAUCUGCGAGAAGGCUUCUAAGUUGGAGACUAAUGGCACAGCCUUCUGUGAAGCAGUUGGUUUCUCUGUUGUUGAUGAUUCCUCAGAAGAGCCUUGUUACGGAAGCAAGUCAAUUUUAGUGACAGUGGUCCCUGUGGUGGAAUCACUCACAAAGACUGUUCGGCUUCAAGAGCAUAAGGUCAAGCUGCUGCUACUGAAUCUACAGAUUUCGUGUAUUACAUCAGUUAUUGCACUAGCAGGAACACUCAUGAACAGGUUGGAUUAUCAGAUUGAGAGGGGUGCAAGAAGAUUGAGAAGAAGAAACAGGAGGAAUAAGAGAAGAUUCUAA